AUGGCGGACUUGAAAACUUCUGACCGAUUGUUCCACAAAUCCUCAUUCAGCAUCAGCAGCCUGCUGUUGAGACGAGAGGGAGUGAUGGAUGAGGAGACUCCUUCUGCGUCCCGGAAACCUCCGGAGAAACCAAGCCAAGAGAAACACUUUGACACCGGUAAAGGGAUAAGCAAACCCCUGCUUACGACUGGGAAACGAGAGGGGACUCAGAAGAAAGGAGGAGAAGAAGAAAGCAUUAAACCUGAGAAACCUCCUUUCAGCUAUAACGCGCUCAUCAUGAUGGCGAUCCGUCAGAGCCCGGAGCGACGGCUCACUCUGAACGGCAUCUACGAGUUCAUCAUGGAAAACUUCCCUUAUUACAGACAGAACAGACAGGGGUGGCAAAACUCAAUCCGGCAUAACUUGAGCCUGAACAAGUGUUUUGUUAAAGUGCCGCGCCACUACGAUGACCCGGGGAAAGGCAACUACUGGAUGCUGGACCCCUGCAGCGAGGACGUGUUUAUUGGUGGCACAUCUGGGAAGCUCCGGCGCAGAGCCACGGCUGGAUCCAGGACCAAGCUUGCGUUAAAAAGAGGAGGAGGAGGUCGCCUGAUGUCCUCCAGUACCGCCACCAGUGUGACUUUAGCCGCCGCUGGUUCGUUUUACUGGCCACCGUUUCUUCCUCUCCAAACACCAGUGCGCACUCACCUUGGCACGGGGACUUACCUGACACCGCGGUUCCCAAACCACGCCACCUCCAUGGUCUCCCAGCGGCUGAGUGCGUCCAGUGCCGCGGACGCAGAUCGGUUCCUGCAGACCCACCAGGAGAUGUCUUACAUCGGACUCAGCUGCGCGCAAUCUCGACGCCAUCAGAUUGGCACCGCGUGCACUGCUUUCUCCACGUCCAUCCCCGCGUGCACCCUGCCUCUGUCGGACCCCUACUCUUUUAACAUGAUCUCUGGACAAGCCAGCUACUUUUACUCCCACCAGAUCCCCUGUGCCGCGGCGUUCAGUCCGUGUCCAGAGGAGUGCGCCUCUGCCAAGACUUCUGCUCCGGGACAGUUUUUAUCAAAGAGCGGCCACUCAGAGCUGGGAGGAUUCUGCAAUGACUUUCCGAAUUACUGCCCUCAAGUCAGUUCAAGCCCCUCUUUGUCUUGGAAUAUAGAAAAAUAG